UGUAACAAAAUUGUCAUUCAAAUUUUCAGAUAAUUUAUAGAAAUUAUGAAUUCAUCUUAAAGACAGACUUGUUUAACUAAAAGUAUAUUCAUAGAAUAUUUUAUUUUGUACAUCAAAUUGAGAAUUAAGUUCAAAAACGUUUGUGGCAACGUGUUCUUUGAUUCUCUGCAGUGAAGAAACUGACCAAUCGCAGCAUAGCUCUAGCACCGGUGGGCGGAACGUUGUCGUAUAAAAUCGGUAACCGUUUUCAGCCACAGCUCAGUUGGAGUUCGAUGUUCUUCGCUGUAGGUUGUGUGAUAGUGGAACAUUUGCUGUACCUUAUCUUCCAUCUCUUCCUGUGUAAAGUGGUGUCCUUAGUUAAGUCCCAAUAUCCGUAUUCAGGAGUGAAGAUUUGAACUGUAAUUCCCGCCGAAAGACUGUUCCUAAAACGAAGUUAAUGCCUGCCAACAGUACGUACGAUUUGGGCACAAUGGUAACAAACCCAAAUCUUCCUCAAUCAGCAUCGCAAGCUGCUAUGGACGAGAGAGCAUACACCCUUGCAAUGGAACUGAAUUCAAUAAUGCAGCAGCAGCAGGCUGGCAUUGAAAAUGUGGCAUCUUUCAUGAACGUUUUCUCACACAUGGACGAAACUAACCCGGCGUUGGCGUCACUUUCUGAAGCCGAGCGAAGGCGUUCACAAAACAUGACUGAAUGUGUGGCUGUGCCGUCUUCCGAGCAUGUGGCAGAAAUUGUCGGCAGACAAGGUUGCAAAAUCAAAGCUCUUCGCGCCAAGACCAACACCUACAUCAAGACUCCUGUGCGAGGGGAAGAGCCGGUGUUCGUCGUCACAGGUCGCAAGGAGGAUGUCGCUAACGCAAAGCGUGAGAUCCUUUCAGCCGCCGAUCAUUUCAGCCAAAUCCGGGCCUGCCGCAAGAACAACAUCAACGGCUCGAUGGCUCCCGGCCCGCCUGCUAAUGUCCCUGGACAGAAGACUAUCAACGUUACCGUACCCUACAGAGUUGUUGGACUCGUAGUUGGCCCGAAGGGAGCGACAAUCAAACGUAUCCAACAAACCACGCAAACGUAUAUCGUGACACCUUCGAGGGACAAAGAACCCAUCUUUGAGGUGACCGGACUGCCAGAAUCUGUCGAGGCGGCCAAGAGAGAGAUUGAGAGUCACAUCGCCAUGCGUACUGGAAGUCUUCUGGACGAAGAUGCGGGUCUUCCUCCUUAUGAUCCUCUUUCUAAUGCUGCUGAACUGUACAAUAUGUACAGUACUCCUAAGUCAGCAACGCAUGGCUCUCUGAAUGCGUUGCUAAGCUCAAAUGGGUACAACCAGCAUAACUCAAUGCUUGCAACUGUCAACGCUCAGUAUUCAGCUUUGUUAAAUGGGCAUUCCCACGGUUCAUUGAAUGGCCACUCCGGUUUGACGUCAGUUUUAGCCAACAACGCACUCGGCAACCUCGGCUCAAACUACAAUUCGCUAUCCAACAUAAACCCUUUGUCGUCAUUGAGCAACAUGCUGGCUUCUAACUCUGCUAACAACCUUGUGGAUUUACCCUGUUUCAACUCGCUUACAAACUCCUCGAACGCCAACAAUCUACUGAACAGUGGGAGCAGCUCUGCCUUCAGCAGCAAUAGUGCCAGCGUUGGUGGCCACUCGGCCUUUGGUUCUGCAUCCAACGUUUUCAACGAUUUCUCGCCUUUCAAUUUGUUGGGAGAACAAGCUAAUAACAUUUUGAACUCCAAAGGAUCUGGUCUUGACCACGCUUCCUCGUCUACCAGUCUCCUUUCGUCCCUGAACUGCUCGAGCAUGGCUACUGGUAACUCUGCUCUCCAGUCAAUGUAUGGCCUCGAUGAGGGUCUUGGCUCUUUAGAGUCGUCAAUGGGAUCCUCCCCGUCUCUGGAUCAGAACCAGGCUGCUCAAAGUAUUUGGAGUGAUGCGAAGUAUCAGACGCCUCUUAGCAGCUACAGCUUCAAUGGACGUUCAUUCGGCGGCUCAAGCGGAAGUGCGUCGCGUUCUUUGUCUCCCAGCCGCGGGUUGAAUCAUGGCUCGGUGCAGCGGUCAAACUCUGAUCCUACUCCAAAAAUUGACGUUCUGUCAUCAGCUCUGUCACAGCUGACUGUCAACGGAGGACUACGUCGGAGCAACUCGUCAUCUCCCGAGGCUCUGCCCGAUUUCGAUGCAUCACCCUAUACUGCUAUGUCUGGGCUCUCAAACUCCAGUCCCGUUGGUGGUUCUUCUCUGCUUGCUGAAUUGUCAGCUGUAUCUGCUAUUGGCACUGCGGUUUCCUCCAGCUCCUCCAUCUUGAGCAGCUUGCCAGGGGCAUCUGCCAUGCCAAUUUCGCUGAUGGCUUCCGCUGCAGGUGCUGUUCCUAUCGGCACUCCUGCAGCCGCUAGCAGUGCAGAAGCUGCUUCUAGUGGUUCUUCUACAGGCAGCCGACGUAGUAGCGUUGAUGGUCCUACCGGUGGCAAAACUUGUCCGUCGUGCAAGGGAGAAAGUUUUGAAGUUGCCUUCGUUCCUUGCGGACAUAGACGUUUCUGCCUGCCUUGCGCCCAGAAGAUCCAAGACUCAACCGGUACAUGCCCGUCGUGUCAUGCCGAGUCUAAGGAAGUCAUCCGUAUCAGAGAUGACCACGAAUGAGUGAUUAACUUGAGGUAGAUGUCCGUCCCUCGCCUCACUAUCUUGUGAAAUGGACAUUGAUACACGAGGGUUUCGUGUGUGAAAUUUACUUGAAAAUUGAAAGACUUGAAGGGAUCGAGCGUUAUUGAAUCACACGCGCCUGCAAAGAUGCGACGAAGACCUUUUAUUUUUUUAAAGAAAAGUUAUUUUUUUCAUGUUUUAGGGAGGCAGAGCAUCUUGUUCAGCAAAUUAUGCUGUUGGUGUGUGGAUCGUUCGUGACCAUUAAAUCCGUUGUGAAAGCUACAUUGAACGCUGUCGUAGCUUAGGGUCUGAUACGCUGAACAAAGUUGACAUGAUGCGUGAAGUCUCUGGACUUAUUCGUUGCCAUUAUUGCUCAUUUUUCUAAGAAAGUUUUUUUUCUUUGUCACUAAAAGUUUGACUUGUACCUCAGAGCUGCCAUCGUUACGGUGCUGCUCAUCUCUAUGCAACGAAGACAUAUCGUCUGAAUUUCGGUGAAGUUAGCUUCCAGUUUAGGUUUGGCAACCCUUCAUGUAUGCCAUCGUCGUGGAUAUGAACUUGAAUUGAAUUAGAAGUAAUUGCUUUGAGGUCUUUUGUCGUUAGUAAUAACAUGGAGGGACUGGCAAUUCCUUGACACAAUGACAAUGCUGAUUUCUGCAAUCGUUUUUCUCUUGGAGACAGGAUUUGUGCAGAGUAGAAAGAUAUCUUUGUAAGGUUUACUCAGCCUGCUAUUAUUUCUCGUGCAUUAUUGUAGGGUGUGGACGGAGAAAAUGAUUUCUCCAUUGCUUUCUUAUUUUGAAAAAAUUAUUUCUCGUUAUAGGUUAAUUUCUUAAGUUUUACAUCAUGGCUUCGGCCUAUGACGGCUGGUGCCUAAUUCAGAAAUUUUUCUUUACUGACGGACGUUAAGGAGGUUACUCCUUUCAGUCUUCUUUAGUACAUUAAAGAAAAUUGUUUUCUACCAUAAUUUUUUUAGAGAGCUUAAAACUAUUUUAUUGUGGACCCUUUUGUUUUAUUCGGCGUCAAUUAACGAAUGCUCCGGCAGCAUUAUCAAUUCGAUAGAGUACAGUUAGUUACUGUAAAGUUUACCAUAGAUUAUUUUCCUAUGUGAACGCCCCGAAAUUCUUUGAUUUUGGAAUGGAUCCAAAUUGCAGUAUGAUUAUAUUAGUAAGAGUAGCAGUAAUGAAAUUUGUUUCCAUAUUAUAAAGUUUGAAAUUUCAGAGCUAGAGACAUGUGUUGUGUAGAUAUUUGUUCCUGAGGAAAUGCUUAUACCGAGGUUCAGAUUGUGGCCAGACUUGUGACCCAAGGUGAUUCUCAAGAGUAGCAUUAUUGUCGAGGGCAUUAUGGCUUGCUCGUCAGAAGCUUGGCUGAAGGAUUUGUUAACCCAUCUUGCAUACAAGAGAUAAAAAUCGUUCCUCAUUUUCUGUUGUCCGGACGCUGAAUCUCUUUGAUUCAAACUGAAUUUUCUCGUGACAUGACGCGUCGAAAAUAGCGGCCAUCACCUCCAGCGAGUCUCCAUUUCUUUCAUUUAUAGUGCACCAAAUCUUCUUCAAAUUGUACAACGUGUAAUGCAGUUGAAAUACGUUGGCGCCUGAAUAUGAGCUAGUAAUGCUAAGCUGGAACUUGGGCUGGUGACGUACAGGGUGUGCCUCUGAAUGCUAGUCCAUGGUCUUCUGUAGGCAUUCUUGUUGCUGUAAUUUUCGUACUUCAGCUACCGUGUCACAGAGUGCUAAAGAUUCAGCGUCCAAUUUUGUUUCUCUAGCAAAUUUAUAAACAGAGCAUAUGACUGGAGCGAUAUUUCCUGUAUAUUUUAAUAUAUGGUUUAUCAGAUGUAUUAGUUGUUGCAAUUGAAGUUUAAUUAGUACUUUUACCACCACUGUCGAUUGACUUUAGGUUGUUAGGAUGAACAUGUUCUAGAUUCGCUUUAGUCGUCCAAUUUCAUCCUUUGACUCCUAGGACGCUCUUGAGUGUACUAAUCUUAUACUGACGUGAAUAUUCAUUUUCUCGUCCCCUCAUCUUGACCUUGCUUUCGUCCUAUUCCCAUGUCUUGUCUCAUUUUGUACUCGUCAAGGAAGUUUAUUUUUUGAUACGAAAAGGAAAUCAUUGAUCCGCAAUUUUGUGCGGUGAAAUGCCUCUGAAGGUUUCUGUUGAGAAUUUAACUAUUAAACAGAUCCGAAUUAA